AUGGGAGCUUCAAAUCUAAUGGCUGAAGUGUCUAUACUGAAAGUAGAAAAUCAUUUCAUCCCUGUCGUGUCUUACAAUAACAAGCAUAGUCAAAACACGCCUAUCUUCUUGUUGCAUUACUUGUUUUAUCUUCUUGUUGCAUUACAUGUUCCGACUUCGAAUACUAUAAUCAAAUACUUGUUGAGCGAUGAGCAUGUGAAGCAGCUUCAGAAUGUCGCAUAUGCAACAUUUAUAGGACUCAUUCUCUAUCUUUCAAUGAACUUAAUAGGCAUAGCAACGCUAUGGUUUACAGGCCACGAAACAACAAAAGCCUUGGUGCUCGCUGUUGCUUAUUUGGUACUAGGUGUUCCGACAGCAUAUGUAUCAUGGCAUCGGACCCUUAUACUUGCUUUCCAAGAAAAGAGACGUUCGUUGUUUAAGUGGUUCUUCGUGUUUUAUUCGUUCCAUUUAGCUUUCUGGUCAUUUAUUAUGAUAUCUGAUCUUCUAGUUAUUGGAUUAUCUUUAACCGGUGGGAUCGUGGAAGCGUUUAGUAAUUAUUCCGAUGAGAGUUGUGUUUGGAUAUUUUACUUGAUUGGUUUUUUGUUGUUCGGUAUCGAAAAUUGUCUCAGUAGCUGGGUCAUGAUGGAUGUUUAUAUGUAUCACCAUUAUAGUGAGAUUUGCUCUGUUAAUGAUGAUUUAGGUUUUGCAGAGCCAUGAUCUCAUUCAAUCUUCAUUUCCUGUACUACUUGCAAGUUAUGUGUGCAAUUCAUGUUUGAUGAAAUGUACUACACCGUUUUGUUUAGUUAUUUGU